GCCUCAUUCAAUUCAAUUGCAGAAGCAUAUUCUCCCUCCUCCCUCCCUCUUUCUAUAUCCUCUCUCUAUCUUCCUUUCCAGAUUUGUCUUUAAGUUCUUUCCAGCUUCUCAAACCAUACUUUUCUUGAAAUGCGUGGAGUCACAACACCCCAGAUGAUUUUCUUCAUCGUCUGACGGUGGGAAGUCUCCCAAGUUUGAAUCUUUUUUGAGUUUUCUCACUGAAAUCCCAAGAAUCUGGGCUGCCUUUGGGUUUUGAGGCGAAAAUGGCGCCUGCCUCUGUAGUGGUCACCAUUGACAACUCCAACAAGAACAUCUCCUUGGUGGAGAUCAACUCUCCGGCCGCCUUCCGUGAUAAGCACAAGAAGUCAACAAAUCCCAAGACUUUUCUUAUUCUCAAAGCUCACAGGGCUCUGGCUUGCCUUCCAUGGCUGGCUAUUGGGUUGCGCUCUACUUUUUCUUCAGUCAAGAAACGCAUUGCCUUAUCAAGAACAGAUGAAGACGAAGAAGAUCCAAAUCCGAAGCAUAGAGGGAAGCUUUACAGAUUUAUCAGAGUCUUUCUUGCUGCCUCGGUUAUUGCUUUGGUUUUGGAGAUCUUUGCCUAUUUCAACCCUUGGGAUUUCAAUCCUGGAGAGGUUCAAACCCUUCUCCAAUGGAGUUAUAUGUCUUGGUUGGCUUUCAGAGCUGAUUAUAUCGCUCCCUCCGUUGUUACUCUCUCUAAGUUCUGCACCGUUCUUUUCCUCAUCCAAUCUUUGGACCGUGUAGCGCUCUGUUUGGGCUGUUUCUGGAUUAAAUACAAGAAAAUCAAGCCCGUGAUUGAUGGAGAUGCAUAUGAUCUUGAGGAUGCCUCCAGCUUCCCUAUGGUUCUUGUGCAGAUUCCCAUGUGCAAUGAAAAAGAGGUGUUUGCGCAAUCAAUUGGAGCUGUGUGCAAUCUGGAUUGGCCAAAAGACCGGUUUCUAGUUCAGGUGUUGGAUGAUUCAGAUGAUGAGGUUUUGCAACAGAUGAUCAGGAAUGAAGUUUUGUCUUGGAAGGAGAAAGGGGUGAACAUAGUGUACAGACACCGGUUGAUCCGAACCGGAUACAAAGCGGGCAAUCUUAAUUCCGCAAUGACAUGUGAAUAUGUAAAAGAUUAUGAGUUCGUUGCAAUCUUUGAUGCCGACUUUCAACCUGGUCCUGAUUUCCUUAAAUUGUCUGUUCCUCAUUUUAAGGGGAAGCCGGAAGUAGGACUAGUUCAAGCAAGAUGGACGUUCGUGAACAAGGAUGAGAAUUUACUCACAAGGCUUCAGUACAUCAACUUGUGCUUCCAUUUUGAGGUGGAACAGCAAGUGAAUGGCCAUUAUCUAAAUUUCUUUGGGUUCAAUGGAACUGCCGGGGUGUGGAGAAUAAAGGCCUUAGAGGAGUCGGGAGGAUGGCUGGAGAGGACCACCGUAGAGGACAUGGAUAUCGCAGUGCGAGCACACUUGAAUGGAUGGAAAUUUGUUUUCUUAAACGACGUUAGGGCGUUAUGUGAGCUUCCAGAGUCUUACGAAGCAUACAAGAAGCAGCAACAUCGUUGGCAUUCUGGUCCUAUGCAGCUCUUCAGAUUAUGCCUUCCUGCCAUUUUGACUUCCAAAAUAUCAAUAUGGAAGAAGGGCAAUCUGAUAUUCCUCUUCUUUCUUUUGAGGAAACUCAUUCUUCCCUUUUACUCAUUUACACUCUUCUGCAUCAUACUUCCACUAACAAUGUUCAUACCAGAAGCCGAAUUACCAGCAUGGGUGAUAUGUUACAUUCCCAUCAUCAUGUCCAUUUUGAACAUUCUUCCAUCACCAAAAUCUUUCCCCUUUCUCGUACCAUACCUCCUGUUCGAAAACACAAUGUCAGUGACAAAGUUCAAUGCAAUGGUCUCUGGACUGUUUCAAUUGGGCAGUGCCUAUGAAUGGGUGGUCACAAAGAAGACGGGUCGAUCAUCUGAAUCAGACCUGCUGGCAUUAGCUGAGAAGGAGUCCAAGAUCUUCCAGGGAGAGAAAAUUCAGAGACGGUUAUCGGAGUCAGGUCUAGAAAUGUAUGGCAAAUUAAAAGAACAAGACGUUCCAGUCGAGUUGAACAACAAGAAGAAAAAGUUCAAAAACAGGAUUUAUAGGAAAGAGUUAAGUUUGGCUUUUCUUCUACUCACAGCAGCUGCAAGAAGCUUGUUAUCUGCUCAGGGGAUUCAUUUCUAUUACUUGCUAUUUCAAGGUUUAACUUUCCUUGUGGUGGGGUUGGAUUUGAUUGGAGAACAAGUGAGCUAAAGGAAAUUCAAACAAGAAAAAAAAGGAUGGACUGUCUGAUUUGGUCCAGCCUUUUUGCUUCUUUUUCUUUCCGUUCUUGGAUGGAAUCUACUGUGUUACAGUGAGUUGAAUAGCAGAUAGUUUACAGGUGAACCUAAACAUGUAGCAUACACUUAUUCUUUUUUUGAAAUUUAUUUUUCAUUUGUGUAAUUAUUAUUAUAAUAAGUACCUCAACUAUAUAUAUUCUUAAUAAUAAUGAAUCAUUUAUUUAAUGCACACUCCAUUCUUGAAUA